AUGGCCUUCUUGAAGAAGAAUUCAAGCCAUAAGAACCGUCUGGAAGUUAAAGAAGACACCGGGGGGAAGGCCGUUGGGCAGGCGUCAUCGUCUUCGUUACCGAAAUCCGCACCAACACCCAAAGCGGCGAAUCCGUUUCCGCACGAGCAGCUGAUGAGGGCGAAAUAUCUCGAUCAACGGAAGCUGAAGAACUCUCUUGAUUCUAUUUAUGGCGAAGGAAAGUACCAAGUCAAGGUAAAGCGCAGCAGUAAUUUCGACCUCUUUUCGCUAACAGCUUCAAUACUCAAGGACGACCUGGCUCAGCUUGAGCAGCGCGUGAGAUUGCACUACAACGACUGA